AUGGCAUUUCAUCUCGCCGUUUAUGUCACCGGACUUGUUCUAUUGCUGGCUUCUCCACUGACCGGGCAAAGCCAAGAAAUCCCGUUUGGUUACAGCGGCGUGAAAGGCCCUGACAAAUGGGGAAGCUUGAACCCUCAUUACUCUACAUGCUCCGCCGGAAAGCAGCAGUCCCCGGUGAACAUUGCAAACGACGACGUCGUCAGUAAUUCAAAAUUGGGAUCUCUAGACAUGGAUUACAAUUCUGCUAAUGCUACGUUAAUCAACAAUGGCUUCAAUAUUGGGAUGCUAUUUGGGAACGAUAUUGGAGAGUUAAUCGCUGAUGAAGAGAUAUAUUACCUGAAGCAAAUGCAUUGGCAUACCCCUUCCGAGCAUACAAUUAAUGGAAUCCGUUAUCCUGUGGAGCUUCAUCUAGUUCAUGUGGCUGAUGAUGGCAAGGUAUUAAUGGUGGCAAUCCUCUACCAGUACGGCAACCCGGAUCCGCUCAUCGAAGAGAUUAAGAGCUACUUAGAUCAGUUGGCUAAGGAGAAAUGUUCAGCUGAUGAAGAAAUUCAUAUUCCUGUUGAAUCAGUGAAAUCCAAUAACAUUGAGCGCGAUACUAGUAAAUAUUACAGAUAUAUUGGCUCUCUUACCAUUCCUCCAUGUACAGAAGAUGUUACCUGGUACAUCCUUGGCAAGGUGGUAGAGAUAUCUAAGGGACAGAUUGAUGCUAUGAAAGCUCUAAUGGAUUCAGAAUACAAGAACAAUGCAAGGCCUAUACAACCAUUGAAUGGGAGAAAGAUUGAGCUAUAUGAAGAUGGUCAUUGA